UAUCAUGGGCGGCCUGGCCGCUUUGUUCCGACGGAACGCCGUCUUCCUCGGCGUCAUCUUCACUGGUGCUUUCGCGACCGAACUCGCAUUCGAAACGACGGCCAACUCAAUAUGGGAUCAGAUAAACCGAGGACGGCAAUGGAAGGACAUUAAGCACCGGUAUAUGGAGUCGGAAGACGAAUGACACCUCGGGUAGACGAACCAGGAAACGGAAGGGUUUAGCAGCGUCGCUGAGGCUCAUCGCCAACCCUGCGGAAUGUAGAAGCUCGAAGAUGGCUAUGAAUGGCGCGGUUGGAGGCUGUAGAGGGU